AUGGAGCCGAAAGGCCAGAGAGCACGGCAGCCCGAGCAGCCGUGUGCGCACCGGGUCACCAACUUCUACAUAGACACGAUCCUUCGCGCGGACUUCGGCCUGAGGAGAAGGCCAGAGCCGGUGCAGAAGAAGCAGGAGGAAGUGCAGAAGGAGCAAGAGGAGGUGGAGAAGGUGCAGGGGCUGGAUAAAGACCAUGGAGAGAGUGAAGCGGAGAGGAGCAGCGGCCCCGGAGGGAGGCCAGCGCUGUGGCCGGCAUGGGUGUACUGCACCCGCUACUCGGACCGGCCGUCUGCAGGCCCCAGGUCUCGGAGGCAGAAAAAGUCCCCGGAGCCUAAGGACGACAAGCGGCCUCGCACGGCCUUCAGUCCGGAGCAGUUGCAGAGACUCAGGACCGAGUUCCAGACCAACAGAUACCUGACAGAGGCCCGGCGCACGAGUCUCGCACAUGAGCUGGGACUGAACGAAUCUCAGAUCAAGAUUUGGUUCCAGAACAAACGCGCAAAGAUCAAGAAGGCGACUGGGGGCUCCCUGGCCCAGCAGCUGAUGGAGCAGGGCCUGUACAACCACUCCACAUGCCCCCACUCCACCUCCACUCACUACUCCAGCAAGGAGCGCUCCGACAGCGACUAA